AUUUUUUAACUUCCGGUAGUACGGACAUCCGAGAAGGAAGAAUGACCUGUGAAAAGUUGCCUUUAGCUUGGAUCACGUUUGAUAUGAUGGAGAACAUUGUUUAAAGACUUUUUUCUCGCCACUGUUUAUUCAUACAUGCAGUCAUGAUUCUGAGGAAACCAGUAACACAUUUAUUCCGACAGGAUCCAUCUUUCUCAAGACACCUGGCAUUAGCCUUUACAAAUCGUAGUUGGCACUUGAACAGUCAGACUAAAAUUUCAGACAAUAGAUUAUACAAAAGACAAUCCAAGUUUAUCUGCUUGAACCAAGAUUUUUUACCUCAGUCUAAAAAGCUGUGCAGUGUACACCAGACGGACAAAGUCAACAUGAAUUGUGGGAGCAAAAUCUUGCCAACAGACAAUGUUUACUGGAGACAUGCGCAUAGCUUUCACUCAGUGACAGUAUCUUCCAAUGUACUAGGGGAAAAUGUGUCAGCAUCAAACACUCAGUGUUUAAAGAAUGGUAGCUUUGUUCCAAGAAGAAACGCAAGUUUUUCUCCCCAAGGAAUACUAGAGGCAUCCCCACCAGCUUUACAACCUUAUAUGCGAUUAAUAAGAUUUGACAAACCUAUUGGUACGUGGUUACUGUAUUGGCCCUGCACCUGGAGUAUUGCCCUGGCAUCCGCCCCUGGAACUCUGCCAAGCCUGUGGCUGCUGGCUCUGUUUGGGGCUGGCGCCUUCUUCAUGAGGGGGGCAGGGUGCAUCAUCAACGACAUGUGGGAUAAGGACAUUGACAGGAAAGUAGAGAGGACAAAGCUACGCCCCAUGGCCAGCGGCGAGCUGUCCCAGUUUCAGGGACUGGUGUGUUUGGCGGGGAUGUUGUCCGUGUCUCUUGGUAUUCUUGUGCAGCUCAACUGGUACAGUGUGGUUCUGGGUGCUGCAUCAAUGGGGCUAGUGAUCACCUAUCCCCUCGCCAAAAGGAUCACAUUCUGGCCCCAGGCAUUCUUAGGAGUCACUCUGAACUGGGGCGUUCUGCUCGCCUGGUCUGGUAUUCACGGCUGCCUACAGACACCGGUUAUUCCCCUUUACUUGGCCUGUGUUCUGUAUACUAUUUUCUAUGAUACCGUUUACUCCCAUCAGGACAAGUAUGAUGACAUGCUAAUUGGGGUGAAGUCCACUGCCCUGAAGUUUGGGGAUAACACCAAAGUCUGGCUGACUGGGUUUGGGACUGCCAUGGUGUCCCUCCUUGUUCUGACGGGGAAAAUGUGUGACCAGACCUGGCCAUACUACACAACUGUGUCACUGACCGCCGCCCACAUAGCUCACCAGUUGUAUACGGUAGACCUUAACAACCCCGAUGACUGUGCCAGCAAGUUCCGCUCCAACACCCAGCUUGGCUUUGUCAUGUUCAUGGGAAUUGUUUUAGGAAAUCUCUUGAAAAAGGAGGAAAAAAGUUCCGACAAAUCAGUGGAACAGGAAAAAACUGUUACCCAUUGAUAAACUUUCUCAAAGAAAUUUUAAUAGAUUUAACAUUUUUGCAGCUUUUUUCUUGUUAAAGCAUGUAAAAUAUGUACCAAGUACAUUGUAUAAUAUUUUAUGAGCAAAGCUGCAUUGAAAUUAAGAUUAGUUAAAUCUAAUAAGUUUUUUUUUUUUUUUUUUUUUUAAAUCUUUGUAUGUUUUAUACUUUUAUCCCUCCUGUAUUUGAAUAUGCUUGUCUAACAGGCUUGUAAAAUCCUUAAUUAAUUGUUAUUAUGCUCUCUUCAUAUGAGAUCUAUGUAUUUCCAGAAUAUAUAACUCAGGAAAUAAAAAGACUUAAAUAAAUG